GACUGCCGUGCAGAAAGGGUUAGCAUGAAUCAACCAUGGGAAACAUUCAGGCGUAUACAAUUGCUUAGAGAGCACACAUUGCAACACAUAGCCGAGACAGUUACUUGGAAUUGCAAACAGGCAUUUCAGUUAACGCAGAUGGCCUUGACAAGCUCAUCAAGAGGAGCCUCUGCAUUGUACUGUGUGCAACUUACGGAGAAGCAUGUUACGAGAGCAGCGCCGUUAAGACUCCAUGCUUCGCGUCAGGCUGAAGGGUCCUGCAAGCACCUCCCUGUGAAGCCUUCGUUUUGCCUAAGGGGUUGGACUCCUCAACCAAAGACGGCUAGUCGCUUACGUGUACCUUCCAAGAACAACAACGUGCAAGGCACGGUUGCUGUCACCGUAGACGCCGGUCAAAAUCCAGCAAUGGAGAUGGAUGCAAGCGAAGACCAGCAGGAGUUUUCCGCGGCGCCAGCUCCACCGCCUCCAACUGCCAGCACCGCAGCACUACAUGAUAGCAUGCAGAGCCGCUAUGAACAAGCUUUCAGCAUGAGUCAGCUAUACGCUGCAGAGCGACCGGCCCCCAUCCCGCCAAGCGAGCAUGAGCGUCGACGCAGGGUCAAAGACGUCCAGGAGGUCGUCGACGCGGGUCGCCGGCGGGGUUUGUCGGAGGAGGUGGUCCGCGGCGGCCUGGCCCAGCUCGACUCGCUGCUUCCCGGGGUGCUCAGCCUGCACCGCAUGAAGCCCAGCGACUGGGCGACGGUGGCGUCCGACAUCACCGCUGUGGCUGACAAGCUCAUCCUCCUCAAGUCACUCUACCCAGCCGCCGACCUCUUCAAGCUGGUCUUCAAGCGGCCCCGACUGCUGCUGCUGCCCCCGCAGCGGCUGAGGCAGGAUGCGCAGGAGGUCCUCCGCCUCCUAUCCGGCUGCCCCUCCCCCUGCGCCAUCCUGGAAGCCACUCCGGACUUCACCGACCCCCUCACCCUCACUCGAUGCCUCGCGUCACUGGCAGCAACCUUUGCUGCGACCGCCGCCGCCUCGUCGCCGACCCAUGGGUCAUCAGUACCCGGGCAGCCAGCAGCCUUCUCCUCAUUACCCCCUAACCCCCUGCAGUUGCUGGCAGCUCAUCCGGAGCUGCUGGCGGGUCUGGGCUCCGAAACCCUGAUGGAGCUGACUGCGGAGUAUGGCGAACUGAGCACCAAGGAUUAGCUGGGCAGAGUGGGACCAAGACAAAUGAUGAGCUGGGAUAGGUGCUAGCAAAGUAGUAAAAGUAGCGCAAAGGUGUUACGGGCAUGCGCAUGACAGCAUGUGGUGUUGCCGUCGACAGGAAUGCACGAAAGGAGUAGUGAACUGAGAGGGGUGAGGAAUACGGGUGGAGGGAGGUGAGAGGGAAGAUAGAGGCGAGGAAUGGUGCAUGCAGGAGCUCAUGAGCUGCGGGAGAUGGGGAGAGAUGCCGGAGGGAGAAAAAGACAGUGCGAGAGAUGAUUCUUACGGUUCGUAUACGUAUCUUAUUAUAUAUCACGGCGAGAAUGCUCGUAACCUCUGUUUCAGAGGCUCGUUAAUUAAUGUACUGAGAGCGUUAUCUUAAAGCUUUAAAGUCAACUAUGUCAUGUGUGGACAUGCAAAGCCGCAGAUUGUGGUGCCCAUUAACCGUUAUGUCCAUCGUUGUGGAAUGCUGGGAUGGGUCAGUUUUGUCGUACAAGCUGAUCCGCUUUUCGAGGCUCCCACCUGCUUCCAACAGCGGUUGUGUAUAUUAUACAGCGAUGCGAUGGAUCAUCUGGUGCACCUGGGCACAUAGCGCCCUCCCUUCGUUGGUAGGGCCAGGGUUGGCUUUCAGGGAUAGGGAGUCCUUUUUGUUUACUCUGGGGUAGCUCUUGUCGACUACUCGUGAGUGUUGAUAAUACUUGGCCUGAAUAAGUCAACGUGACGGAUACAAGUAUACCAGGACACCUCCACAUCUUGCUGCCGGUGUCUCGCAUAAUAGCGAUGGGCGGGGAUCAGCGUACCAUUGGCUUUCCAAAGGCUGGCGGGGUUAAUUUUACCGACCGGGAUCCGGAACCUUCAUCUGUCAAUAUUAGGUAGGAAUUAUUUGAAUUUGAUGUUGUCACCGUCCAAUGUGGCGUUGUCUCGGUUCGGCGUUCCAUACUUGCCAUCAAUAUGUGAUUUGCAGUUUGACAAUGUCGCGAUUGUAUGGGCUGGGUGGAGAGUAUGGUCAUGCGAACUUCGAUCAAUGUUGUUGUGUAGCGUCAUAUGGUCCUCGCGUUGAGCUGUAACUUGUUGCAGCUGGUGUAUUGUGGUAUGGGGCGUUGUAACGUAGGUACGC